GGUGAUAUGACAGUGACAGAAAAACAAUAUUUUUAUUUCUACAAUUUCUAGUAUUUUAGAAUUCCUAGGUUCAAAAUAUUCAUAAUACUAAUUACUUAUAAAUAAAAAUUGAUAAUGGAUACAUCUGACAGUGAGUGUUUUGAAAGUGCAGAUGAAGAAAUAUAUCCAGAGGAUCAUGAAACAUAUAAAAAGUGUGAAGUCUUAAGUGAAACGCAAAAAGACUUAUACAAUUUAAAUCUAGUUGAUUCUGCUACAAAAUUAAAAGAACAACAAAAAUGUGAUGCCACCGAUACAUUAAAUAAUGAAUUAAACGCAAAUUUGAAACCUACACAACAACAAUCUUGUAAAACAGAUUGUACACAAAGCAAAGCUGAAAGUAAUGAACAGAUAAAUGAAAAAAUAACAGAAAGAAAAAAAUUAGAAAAUGUCGACUUACAAAGUGAUGUUGAAAAUAACAGUAAAAAUGAAAACACGUGUAAUAGUACACAAAUUAAAAUAGAUACAGUAAUAAUGGAUAAGAAAACUAUAAAAACAGUUAACAAUGAAAGUGAACAUCAAUUAUCUGUUACAAGAAAUAAAGGUAUCAGUGAUCUUUCACAUAAUGUAGAUAUCAAUAAUCUCAAGAAAGAAACACCUAAUAUAAAUCUAGAUAAUAGCAAUAAAGAUAAUAUUGAAGAGGAACUACAGAAAAUAUCUGAUAGUGAAGAAAAUAUGUGGGAGAAUGAUGAUUGGGAGCCAGUUAGCUAUGAAAAGGAUAUUAAAGUUCCAAAUAAACACCAACAACAUGAACUUCCUGAAAGCAAAUCAAAGGAAAAUAUGGAAGACAAUGUUGAAGAAAAUAUGUGGGACAAUGAUGAUUGGGAAUCAUUUGAAAAAGUGGAACCACAAAAACUAGAACAACCUUCAGAACCUUCAUGGUCAGGUUGGGGUAAUUGGGGAGGUGUAUCAUCAAUUUUUACAACAGCUACCCAAGGUGUUACAACUCUUACAAACCAAGUAUCUCAAGGUUUAACAAGUGUUUUAGAAACUAGUAUGGGAAUUCCUGAUCCUAAGCAACUAGCAAAGUUGGAUAGGGAAAAGGAGAGCAUGAUUGAACAACAUGAAGAUGAAUCUACUAAUAACACAAAUUUAGGUUUUGGUUUUGGUAAUUUAUCUAAUCUGGUUUCUGGAGUCUCACACAUAACAAAAUUCGUUGAAAACACUGGCAAUAAAGUAAUAACAGGAGGACUAGAUACUUUAGAAACCAUAGGCAAGAAAACUAUGGAAGUCCUUCAAGAAGGUGAUCCAGGUCUAAAAAAUAAGAGAGCUUUGUUGAAGUUAGAAAAGGAAAAGCCUAUACUUUCCCAGGUGCUUAGAGAAGCGAAAGAGAAAGCAGAGAGGGAAAAUCAAGUUCUGCAAGAAAAACAUUCCAAGAAAAAAAUGAACUAUGAGACUCUGUUUGAUGAUUACCAUGGAUUAGUACAUUUAGAAGCUUUGGAAAUGCUGUCAAAACAAUGUGAUAUAAAGUUACAGACCUUAAGUGAAAGUUGUUCUGGAACCGAAUUCCAAGAACUUCAAGAAACUAUGGACCAAAUUAAAGAGCUCUGCGAAAUUCCUGAUGAAGAUGACGAAGAUACUCCAACAUUUGAAGAUAUCAAAGAAAAAAUCCAAGUAGCAGUUAAAGAUAUAAAUGUCAGUAUAACUUAUGACAAAUUGGUUUCUAUAUGGGAAGAAACUGAAGUGUGGUUGAAUAAUUUAAAAUUAGAUUUUUGUGAUGAAAAUGAAAUCCAUCAAGAGGCUUUGCAGGUCUUAGCCCAGUUGACUGCAAUUACUGUAGAACAGUUUCAUAAAUGUGGAGAAUUGUUAUUAAUCAAGGAGCACAGGAGCACAGCAGAUGAAGCAGAUAGUUUAGUACAAUUGACCAUGACACUUACUUCUCUUAUUGGACUAGUAGCAGGAAAAUUCUCUGAAAAAUUAAAUAUGAAAUCUUCACAAUCUGGAAAUAAGGAAUCUAUAAAUAGUUUAAUCACCAAUGUGUUUUUUGAGGCGGGAAAUAGCAGUUCAUACAUACAAGAUGCUUUCCAAUUACUAAUCUCUGUUCUUCAAGUGGGCGCUGUAUAGUUUGUAGGAUUAAAACUUAGUUUACAAAUUGUUAAAUUAUUACUUCCAAAAUUUUAUAUUAUGUUAAAAAUUGAUUUUAUCACCAAAAUAAUCUAUUGUAAUAUAAAAUAAAUCUAUAAAGCUA